UUUCUGGCUAUUUAUGUGAAAGUUUCAUAAAAAUGUGUCACCAUUUAAUAUUGCAGUUAUAGGCUAUGCGAAAUCAUACAAUGACAAUGAAUAAACUAAAACCACUUUGACUUUUACUUCGAGCCUCAGUAUAGCAUAUACGUUGAGUGUAAGAGUUCUUUUGUUGCAGUGGCUAUGUUUAUGUUUGUGUUUACCUGGUGUCAUUAUAACAGCUGCGCGUGAUUAAGUGAAUUAACAAACGGCUUCAUCCAUACACCAGGCGAUAUUGUCUUUCUUUCCAUUUUGUGGGGGCUACUGAUUAUCUGCAAACUAGAGCGAUAGGCGAGGAAAAGGAGAGGAAGACUGAACAUGUUGCGCCUGGCCAAUAAAACCAGUGUUUCGUCACCAGCCUACAUCUCAGACCUCAAAUGUUGCAGAGCAGAGAGAGAGACUAGUGGGGAAAAGUUUGCAAAGGAACAGGACUAACCUGGACAGCCCUGUAGACUCGUUUUAUAUGCCGGAGAAGUCAUUUCUCCUCUAUUUGCCUUUCGCAACCGUCGUAUUUUAAAGAUUAUAAACGUUAUUGACAUCUAAAAGGACUGUAACAAUCAUGGAACUGCUUUGUCUCGAGAUGGACACCAUUGUAAGAGCCCGUCCUGACCCGAAUCUUCUAUAUGAUGACAGGGUCCUACAGAGCUUGUUGACGAUCGAAGAGAGGUUUCUUCCACAGUGUUCAUAUUUUAAAUGCGUUCAGAAAGACAUUCAGCCUUUUAUGCGGAGGAUGGUGGCAACUUGGAUGUUGGAGGUCUGCGAGGAACAGAAAUGCGAGGAAGAAGUUUUUCCACUGGCUAUGAACUACUUGGACCGAUUUUUAGCAGUGGUACCAACACGAAAAUGUAACUUGCAAUUGCUUGGCGCAGUAUGCAUGUUUCUUGCGUCGAAAUUGAAAGAGACGCGUCCCUUAACUGCAGAGAAGCUGUGCAUCUACACCGAUAACUCCAUCAGACCAAAGGAACUUCUGGAAUGGGAACUGGUUGUCUUGGGCAAAUUGAAGUGGAACCUGGCUGCUGUCACUCCAAAUGAUUUCAUUGAGCAUAUUAUAAGGAAACUUCCACUGCCUGUGGAUAAACUGGAUCUGAUCCGUAAACAUGUGCAGACUUUCAUUGCUCUUUGUGCAACAGACUUCAAAUUCACCUUGUACCCUCCAUCCAUGAUUGCGACAGGCAGCGUGGCGGCAGCUAUCUGCGGCCUGCAACUCAACAGCACUAACCGUUCACUGUGGGGAGACAACCUUACAGAGUUACUCGCCAAGAUCACGAACACAGAAGUUGAUGUGCUAAAGGCAUGCCAGGAGCAGAUUGAGACAGUGCUGAUGAAUAACCUGAGGGAAGACCGCAGGCAGCAACAGAAACGGCAACAGCAAGAACAGGGUGCCCCCCGCAGCAAAGCACUUGAUGACCAGGACCAGUCCAGCACCCCCACCGAUGUACGAGACAUCAAUUUGUGAGCUUGCUGCCAGAACGCUGUCAAUCUUCAAGAAAAAAACGACAAAAAACAAAAACGACAAAAAAAAACAACCCCAACAAAAAGUGCUUGCUAGUCUUUGUAGAGUUUUAUCUUCAUUUUCCAGUAAAAAUGCUCCCAUUAUUUACAAAAAAAGAGAAAUAAAUGAAAUCUAUUUUAGAUACAAAAUAGAUAUUUUUAAAACCAUUUGAUACUGAUUCUAAAAGCUCUACGGUGCCUCAGACUCUUAGAAGGGAAGCGUGUAGUAUUUUGCAAACUCUUUUGAUUGUGUAAACAUAAUAUUAUGAUAUUUAAUGCAAAAGUGAUAGCAUAAAGGUCUUUUCAAAAUAGAGUCUACAGUAUCGGACUGGCAUGAAAGGGUACAAAAAGUGGGGCUAUGUUUUUUUCCUUUUUGUUUUGGAUUUUUUUUUGGUUCAUGUCAGAAUGCCUGAACUUGAACACACAGAGGUGCCAUGAGGCUGUUAAUUGGAUGCACCCUUUCACUUGGCUGUGUUCUGAAAGUGCAUUAGGACCAGAAAGAGGGAUUAAACCAGAGCAGUUAGACAGAACUCUUACGCUAAGAAUUUAGCUCUUUUGCUAAAAGAGCGGGGGGCUUAUUGUUAUGAAAAAAAUAUUUGUGUUAAAUAAGCAAAUUAUUGUCUUGAUGUUAAAGUUACAGACACUUCAAAUAAGCUUUUGUCAAGCUGCUUGUGUGCAUGCAUUUAUGUGUGGUGUAUGUUAGCUCAUGUAUAAGUUACCUGGGCUUUGUUUAAUCAUCUGCAAAGUUCUUGGUGAUUGAGACUGGCUCAGUGGCGGACACCUGGUCAAAGGACUGGGCAGGGGAUUGAAAAAAAUCCACAAUGCUUUGGUCUGCUUUUAAGGCCUCCUGUAUCAGUGCCUUAUAUUAAAUGCUUUUAUUUACUGGCCUGGAAACUGCUUGAGGGCUGAGCCCAACCCAGUGCACAGAACAAGAGGCGGAAAGAAAAAGGAGCGGGCAAAGACGUUCCCUCAUAUCUUCUGAAGGCCAGAAGAGUUGUUUUUAAGUUGUGUAGGAAGUUGCACAUCAUUGCAGCCUCCCACUAAAUAUUACAAUUGUAUUGUAUACAGUCAGUCUAUUACGUAUUUUGUUGUGUGCGUGUUGAAGGAGGCUUAGGCUGUGUUUGCAAAAACGGCUGGCCAAGGGAUGUGUAGUGAAAUUCUGGAUUUGCAAACAAGCGUAUGUGAAAUCUACAAGCAGUGCAAGAAUGUCCAGGCAAGAAUGAUCGAGGAUGAUGAAGCUCAGAUUGUUAGAGGUGUGAAGCAUGCUGCUGAGAUGAGGACGCCGAUAUAGUUAGGAGGAGAAACAGGAAAGCAGGCCAAAGGUGAACAACGGCUAUGGUUUCCGGAUAUCACCUGAUAUUUAAGAUCUUAACCUAUUUGUCUGUUUAUUUGUUUGUCUUUUAGUUUUUUGUCUCUUGUUUGAAUUACAGACCAGUAUCUAAACCAGUUUAAUUGAUACUGCCAGCACGUAAAUGGGAAAGAUGACUCUGUCGCUUUUAGUAGCAAAGUACCUUGAAAGCAUGUUUGCCAUUGGGCGAUAAAUGGUUAGGGUUGAAGAGUUAUUUUUCUUUUCAUUUUUCUUGACAUUAUGACGAUAACAGCAACAAAAUAAUAGGAAUUAUUCAAAUUAAUACAAAAAUGAAGACCAAAAACCAAACAACAAAAAGCCAGAUAACAUUCAGAUCGAAAUGGAAGAAAAAUGUUUGUUGAUUUGCACGCUCCAAGGUCAGUUUUCUUGAAAUUAGAAAAGACGAACUAGUGUAACUGCACCAUUGCAGAAAUUGUUUUAUAUAGUGCCUUGAGUCUGAUGAAGACUUCUACCCUGUUUUGCUGUGCUUCAGUCAGACUGCCUUAGCAUAAGAUCCACUAACCAGUCAUCCAAAAUAUGCUGCUUCCAAAGGUUGAACUGGUAUGGGGUUUGAUCAUUUCUACAAGUCAUUACAAAGUGGCUAAAAACAGGGUGCAUCAGCAGCACAGUACAGCUUUCAGAUGCUGAAUUCUCAUAGCUUACCUUUAAAAGGGGCAGUCAAGCUUUGGUUUGUGUCCGUGUGUGUAUGUGCGUGUGUUCGUGUGCAUGUCUUUCUGUGGGUAAAGGAGAUGGUGUGGAUGCUUUAGCAUUUCAAUCAUUAACCUCCAUUCUCCAGAAAUAGUUCUAAGCGACGUUUGAGUUUCACAUUUCCUCCAUCCUCACACCCAAACCCCUAUCUAUCUUAUUGUAUUAGUUUAGUCUGUCUUGUUAUUUUCCCAGCUCUGCUCUGAAAAUGAAUUACAGUACUGUUAUUUGAUUGUAUGGGUGGAUAUAUGCUUCGAGUUUGAAUAUGGACCCAAGUUACGUUUCAAGUUGCGUAAGGUGUAUGAUACUGUAUUCCAAAGUGAUGAGAGAUAGAAAGGGUGUGAAGACAUCAAUCAAGUGUCAAUAUUGUUUUUGAGUUAUUAUUGUUUUUUUCCGCUGCUAAAAAGCUAUGAUUUUGUUUCAUCUUAUACACAAAAAAUAACAUUACAUAGUUGUGAUGUCACAUCAGUGUGCUGCUAUUUUAUAAACAACUGUAUUAUAAUUAUUUUACUGCUUACAGAAUACUUUGAGAAUACAGAAGUAGAGGGUAAAAGAAGAACAUGAAACGAGUAUUUUUGACUGGAAAUGCUCUUUGUACAGUGUGCUCUUCUUAAGGCAUGUUUCUUUACCUUGUAAUCCUUCUUUCCUCUUCUUUCUGUGUCACAUUCUGUAAGUGUGGUAUCUCUAUACCUCAGGUUUACUGGACAUAAAAGACUUUCUCAUUACCUCAAACAACUCAAACAACAACAGUUUAUCGGGAACCUGGAAAGGACAACACACAGAAGUUUUAAUAUUUCUACAGUGUUUGAUGUGGUAAAAUCAUGGAAAUUUGAUUGAUAAAUGGCAUUUAAGGUUCCCACCUGGACUUCAAAAAUAGUGGAUGGAGGAAGGACGCAAAACAAGAAAAGCGUGCAUUACGAGUGGUUAUGUCUCAUGUAUUCAGCGUGUAUUGAUGGAUGUAAACCUGUAAAUACUGACCAAACGGCAGUGUGAAAAGGCCUCCUCCCUCCACUAUCACUUUAUCAUGUACCUCAGUUAUAUCUGUUGCACAACCUCUGUUCAAUAAAUAUCUGCUUUAAAGAGCGUGGUGCUAUGUUGGUUCUCUGUUAUUCUUCCCUUUUAUGAUAUGUACAGAAAAGUCUGGAUUACAACCAACUCAAGUUUAAAUUCACAUUUGGCAGACGCUUUUAUCCAAACGCACUGAGGCUACAUUAGCAAGUAUUUGCAUUACCUAAGACUCUAAACCAUGUUCUUGGUGUUGCUCGCAACAUACUCUACCAGCUAAGCAACAGGAACACAAAACCAGAAAUAAAGUACAUUAUUUUAGUUUCAUCUACCAGAAUUAUCUGCUGACCAAUUGUCACAACAGACUUGUGGGGAAGAAUAAAGAGGUACCCUAACCAGGUUGAAUAAAUGAGUGAUGACACGAGGGCUUGGAAAUUCUGGAUUUUCUUCGGAUUUCUGUUAAACUCCAGCAAAAUCUGUCAUUGAGAGUAUGCUUGAAGUAAAUGGAGAGGACAUGCUGUAUGCUAAGGUCAAUAAACUUACCAUAAAAAGA